GGCGAGGACCGGCAGGGCACGCACCGGCCGGCGCCCACCCACAUCCUCCCCCAGCAGGACCUGAGGUGGACAGGAGGGGGUGACUGCCUUUCUGUGACAGAGUGCUGACUCGGCUCCCGGGACCCCAGCAGGAUGGAAGAGAAGCUGAAGAAAACCAAGAUCAUCUUUGUGGUGGGUGGGCCUGGCUCGGGGAAGGGCACCCAGUGUGAGAAGAUUGUGCAGAAGUACGGCUACACCCACCUCUCCACCGGGGACCUCCUGCGGGCCGAGGUUGGGUCGGGCUCAGCCAGGGGCAAAAUGCUGUCGGAAAUCAUGGAGAAGGGGCAGCUGGUGCCACUGGAGACGGUGUUGGACAUGCUCCGCGAUGCCAUGGUGGCCAAAGUAGAUACUUCCAAAGGCUUCCUGAUUGACGGCUACCCACGGGAGGUGCAGCAGGGUGAGGAGUUUGAGCGGCGGAUUGGACAGCCCACACUGCUGCUGUAUGUGGACGCAGGCCCCGAGACCAUGACCCGGCGGCUCCUGAAGCGUGGAGAGACCAGCGGGCGUGUGGAUGACAAUGAGGAGACCAUCAAGAAACGGCUGGACACCUACUACAAGGCCACAGAGCCUGUCAUCGCCUUCUAUGAGAAACGGGGCAUUGUUCGCAAGGUCAAUGCUGAAGGCUCCGUGGACAGUGUCUUCUCCCAGGUCUGCACCCACCUGGACGCCCUGAAGUAGCAAUGCUGGAGCCCCUUCUCCAGCUCAAAGCCCUGCCCCACCCCUGUCCUGACUCGAGGCCGCCCUGGCCUGAGCCCAGCGCCUCCACCCUGCCUGGCUGAGCACAGACAGAGGAAGCCACUUUAUCCUGUUUUCAUGGACAGCCGAGCACUAAAGGAAUUUCCAAGGA